UGCGUAUAAAGGAAGUUUAGAAAUGGGACAUGACAUCUCUCCAGUGCUCUGGAAGUUCUAUGCAAGGAGCAAGUACUGAACAGCAUAGGAAGUUUGGGCUCUCUAUUCAACGCAUGCAAGGGAGUCACUGAUGUAUAUGUGUGCUGGAGGGUGGCACCAGGGAGAAAAGAUGGAGUGGAGGCCAGGGAAGAGCACCCAUGCCUGCAGGAACCUCUUUGGCCCCAUAGAUCAUGAGCAGCUGCGGCAGGACUUCCAACACAUGCUACAAAACAGCAUUGAGGGGGCUCAGCAGAAGUGGAACUUUGAUUUCCUUCAGGACACGCCAUUGGAGGGACUGCUGCAAUGGGAAGAGCUCGAAGGUCACAAGGUGCCCACCUUCUACCACACCUGUGUGGUGGAAGAUGCUCAGACACCCCUGCAGCGCUUGAACUUGCCCUUGGGCAAGGGGGACAAGAGUCACCGCUUUGACCAGAUGACUGAGAAUCCCAAAACUUCCAAGAGAGCAGGGGGCAAGAAGAUCUCAGAAGGGAAGAAAAGAAGAGAGACAUCUUUGACAGAUUACUGGGCAAAGAAGCGAGUCAAAACGAAUAUGCAAGCUGCUGCAAAGAAGACAACUUCUUGAAAGCAAGCACAGGAUUGCUCUGCAUGGGAGAGGUUGGGAACAUCUGCCAAGCUUCCUCAACCUUCAAAAACCAGUCCCCACCAGGGUGUUGCAACAGCAUGAUUCCAGUGCUCAGGACUGUAGGAUCCAGCAGCAACUUUGCAGUUCCAGAUGCCACAAUUUGCUUCAGCCCACUUUUUUUUUUUUUUUUUUUAAAAAAAAUCUCCUAGGGAACAAUAACGAGAUCAUCUUAUAGUUUUGAGAAGGUGAGUAUCUGAUCGGUGUCUGAAAGAAACGAAAUAACAAAGCACCCAAGUUCUUGUUCUCACAUAGCAAACUUUUGCAGUGUGUUGGUUCAUUUUUCUCUAAAAAUCCCUCAAACUCUGAGUUUUAUGCUAGGUGCAAAUGAGCAGAAUGCUCUGCCUUGCAUAUUUGUACAUGAAUCUAGCCCAAUGGAAAAAAAAAAAAAAAAAAAGAAAAGACUAUUGAAGGCAUUGAGAAAAAAAAAAUCAGUGCAUGGAAAGGGGCUUAAUACAUUCACAAUGUUAUUUAGCUCUAACAAAGAGCAGCAACCCCAGAUGACCUUCUGGCUCCUGUCUCCACCCAAGUUCCUGGCCUCUGUUCAACGUCCUGGCAAAAGUUGCAGACAUCCGCAACACAAUGCCAAGUAGCUGUUUUGUCUGUAGAUAUGUAACAGAGAUUAGCCGAGUGGUGGUGGGGAGCUGCUACACAUAAACCAGCACCUCCAAACAGGGAGCUGGCAUCCAAUUCCCAUCAAAGAGCAUUUUUCCCGGCAGUGGCAAGCACCUCUUCAAGGCUUCCAUGGCUGGGUAAGAGAGAAAAAAUUUCAACUUCAGCUAACAGGGGUUUAUACGCUCCCCCCUCAGCCCCCUCCCAGGCAAGUCUUUCAUGUCAAUGAUUAACUCAAUGAGACAGUGGCUCCAUCACCAGCGUGAAGGAUGGAUUGAGCGCAGGGCCCAUUACAUCAUACUUUUCUGAUGUGCUCAGCCAUGGAUCACUGAUUUGCCUCUGACUGCAAGCUAGCAAAGCUGACACUUGAAUGGAAAAGAGAAUGUAACCCUGUGCACAUGGCUUGUUAACACCUCCUGUGUGUGAUCACUUUUAAAGAGAUGUCUGAACUGUGCCCAAAUGGAAAUGGCUUUUGUUUUCCUGCAGUAGGCUUUAAAAGAAAAAUUUCAUUUUGACUUUAAAUAGAUUUUUUCCUCCCUUUUUUGUACCGGAGACAGGAAACUGUUCUUUCACGCAUUCAGAAAUACAAAUUAUGAUUGGCAGAACGUUAGAGUGCAGAAAAAGAGCUUUUGAAAGAGAUUCUGGAGGAGCAAUCAAGGCAGAUUAAAUGUUAGGUCCUACAUCUAGCCAGCCAAUCUCCUUAAGUCACAACCCCCAGCUCUCAGUAUUUUGUUUGUAUUUUUAUCACAGAACUGGCUAGACCUGCAAUUUCAGUAAAAUGCAAAGUGGGAAGGGAAAAAUGCUGUACUCUCCUUCUCUGUCUUCUCCUCCUUCUCCUGAUAUAUGAGGUUUAAAGAAAACAUCAACUAUUAAAUUCUUUGCUUCAGCAUAUGUUCAUUAUUAUCAUUUUAUCCUUUUGCCAAGGUCACUGUGACUGGGGACUGAUUGCAAAGGAAGCUUCUCUAAAACAACAUGUUAAUUCUGUAUAAAGUGAUAUGUCCGUUUAUAUUUUAUUUUGUAGAAUCUGUAAUAAUUACAUAAUACAUUAUUAAAUUCUCAUUGCGCUAACAUGUUGGGUGAACUUAAUAGCAGGCUGUCAUGAGAAAUCAAGCAAGAGAGCAUGAGAUCUCAGUUAAGCACACAUAUUCAGUAAACACUUUGGAUUUUUUAGGAGGGGCAGCCUACACUGUCUGCCAUGAGGCUUUGCUUCCUGGCCUAGCCAAGUUACAAAACUUGUCACUCAGGACCAUCAUUGAGAAGCAGAAGAGGUAGAAGACAGUAGCACUUUGAAGAAUUUAAGUUUUCUCCCCCUCUCAGAAAGCAGCUCCACUACUGAUGG